CAUUCGCCAUAUUCUACGAAAUGUUAAAUUUUUUGUAUAUACCACAAGCAGAUCCCAAUCCAUUGCCUUUGUUGGACUCACCAUGGCCAAUUUUGUUGAUACUGAGUUCAUAUCUAAUAUUUGUGCUGAAAGUGGGCAGAAUUUAUAUGGAAAAUCGUCAACCAUAUAAACUUAAAAGAGUUUUACGGGUCUACAACCUCCUACAGGUCUUGUACAAUGCCAUUUGCUUUGGAGUUACCUUCUAUUAUAUAAUCAUUGUAGGUAUAUGUGAUCUACAUUGCAUGGAAACCUUUCCACAAGGUCAUGAGCGAAAGACUUUGGAGCGAUCUGUGCAUUUUGCCUUCAUAUUCAACAAAAUUCUCGAUCUCAUGGACACGGUGUUCUUCAUACUACGCAAGAGCUACAAACAGGUGACAUUUUUGCAUGUCUAUCAUCACGUUUUUAUGGUAGCCGGCGGAUAUACAUUGAGCCGUGCAUUUGGUACUGGCGGACACUUGAAUAUGCUCGGCCUGCUCAAUAGUUUCGUUCACAUAAUCAUGUACUUCUAUUACUACCUCUCGGCUGAAUAUCCUGGAGUUAAGGCAAGCAUUUGGUGGAAGAAAUAUAUUACACUGACACAGAUUGUUCAGUUUGUAAUCCUUUUCUUCUAUUCGUUCUAUGUGAGAGUAUUUUCCCGCCCGGAUUGUAGAGUACCACAUGUUAUGCUUUAUGUAAAUAUGAUGCAAGGAAUGAUUUUCUUCUAUCUAUUUACAUCUUUCUAUUUUAAGACUUAUUUGAGACCAUUAAAAAAAAAAGAAAAUUAAUAAAAAUACCUAAAUGUAUA